AAACAAACAACCCUCAACCACGACCAAAAUGCACAAAUCCACUGAAGGCUUUAUCUGGACACCAACUGGUUAUCACUACGGCCUCCCCACCACCUCCACAAUCCCCUCAACACCAACCUCAUCUCUUUCGGGCACCUACGACGUAAUCGUCCUAGGCGCAGGCUUCACCGGCCUCACCACCGCCCGGGACCUCGCCUUCCGCGGCAAAAAGGUCCUUCUGAUCGAAGCGCGAGACCGGAUCGGGGGACGGUGCUGGACCGCGCAGACAGACGAGCUCGACUCGAGUGCGAAGCUAGAGAUCGGAGGCGCGUGGGUCCACUGGCUCCAGCCUCAUGUAUUCAGCGAACUGCAGCGCUACGGACUCGAUCAGUUCGUGGAGACGGUCUCCCAUCCUGAUGCUGAGGUUGUGGGGAAGGAGGGACGGGAUGGGUCAGCUACGUUGCUGGAUCCGCAUGAAGGAAAGGAAAUGAUGGAGCGUAUUGGCCAGCUGAUGGAGAGGUUCUUUGAUGUCGAUGGUCAGGGGGGUAGGAGUGUGCUUUCGUUUCCGUUUAACACCCAAGCCUCAGUGGCGAAGAGCGCUGAGUAUCUGAAGCUCGAGGAACUGAGUAUUACGGAUCGAGUUGCCCAGCUCGAGCUUGGGGACGAGGACAGGGACAUGCUGAGUGCGCAUGCGGCGUCGUUCUUUGGGCUGGAUCCUGGCCAGGUCAGUUUUAUGGAAGUCCUGAAGACGCAUGCGUUGUGCGGGUUCGAUCAGGAUAUGAUCGAGGCGGCGACGAUGAAGUAUAAGAUUUCAGAGGGGACGACGGGUCUGGCGUUGGCGAUUUUGAAGGACUUUAAUGGGGAUAGGAUUCUGAGGGCUCCUGUCAAGGCUGUCACUCAGGACCUUGGGGGUUCGUUUCCUGUGACGGUCACGCUGCAGAAUGGUGAGGUGUAUAGAGCCAAAGCCCUCGUCUCGACGAUCCCCAUGAACGUCCUUCCUUCGAUCACCUUCGACCCGCCACUUUCUGAGCUUCGGAGAGAAGCGUUCACAGCGGGGGUUACACCCGCAAGGACGGAUAAGUUGCUCGUGUGCACGCCGACGAAGUUCGAGCGCGGGUUCAACUUCACCUGCGAAGGCGACGAGAGCGAUUUGCCGUAUACAGCCGGGUUUACCGACGGAUCUUACGGUCCGAAUACGCUUCUCACUCUCCUCACGCGUCCAGAUCAUGCUCUCGACCGCUCUAACGAGAAUAUUCGGCUGGUGGAGACGCUUCAUCCCACCGGGAUAGAGCUGCACUCGGCGUAUGGACACCUGUGGUCGCAGGAUCCGUAUGCGGGCGGUGUUAUGCCGGUGCGAAAGCCCGGGUUUAUGCGGUAUUAUGAGGAGGUGAGGAGGCCACAUGGACGGGUGUGGUUUGCUGGGUCGGAUUUUGCGGACGGGUGGAGGGGGUUUAUUUCGGGGGCUUUUGAGGAUGCGUAUAGAGUUACUAGGGAGGUUUUGGGGAGGGGGGAUAUUUGGUGA